UCGAGUUUGGUUCGCGGUGUGACUUUUUCCUCUCUCCCUUCGAUUCCGAAGUGCGUGUCCGCGGUUUUGCGUGUGAGUUUUUCGACCUCCGAUUUAGUGGCUUUUUCCGGCAAUAAAAUGGACAAAAUCGGCAUUGUUUUUGUUAUUCCGGGUGCGGUUAUAGUUUGCUGAUAUUUGUUGAGUGAAAUUUGCGAAAAAUCCGGUGAAAAAGUGCGGUUUUCUGGUAGUUGAAAUCGCGGAAGUUGCUUCCCAAUGCGGCGCUUGGCAAGAAGCUUGGCGUGGUUUUUCGGCUCGCUCUCUCGAAAAAUCGCCCUCCUUUCGUUUUCAGUGCGAGUGAAAAUUGGUGAAAUUCGGGGUCGUGUUUUUCGUUCGAUGCCGGGUGAAAAGAUUUGAUUUUCGACAAGAAUCUCAACUCAGCAUGGCGGAAAGUGAUGGCUAGUGGGCGCGGGAACUGAAUUUCCGCUAGGAAUAAAGUUGCCACUGGUGGCUGUGAAUGAAAGAAAUGCGGAGAGAAAAACGUGCUUUUUUCACGAAAGCUGUCCCGCGCCGAGAACCAAAAUGGAGCGCUGUUUCGCGGUAUAUUCUUGUGGCUUGAUGCAUUUGAAAAAUCUCAAAUCACAGGAGUAUACUGUGAGAGAUCGCGGAACCCGUCCCGGAGAUGGAUGGCCGCGAAUUCCCGUUCGGGAACAACAGAACGCGGGUCCGUGGGCGGAAGUUACGUUUUCCCCCUAUUCUAGCAUGUUCUAUGGAUUGAGGAUCGGGAACCCGGACACAAACACAUCUACAGGUCAAAGGCACGCAUCGGAUGAUGAAGAUGACGAUGUGAUGGCAAUAAACCGCCGCAGCAAUCCACAGUCAGUUGGCGGGAAAGAGACGGCACUACUCAUCAUGGCUUUAUUCCAAACACGUGUUGUGGCAAAUGGCGGGAUUUUUGAAUGCGCGGUGCUUCCAGAAGGGAAUCGAAUCUUGCAAGAGUAUACAGUCGCCCCACAGUUAUGGAUAACACACAGAUAUGGAUCAGUUUACGUUUAAAAACAGAAUUUCUCAUCAAA